CUACACCGUGAGAGUGGCGUUGGAGCAGUACCUUAUUUUGCCCAGAGCCAUUUAUUGAAUUGAAUUGAAUCGAAUCCUAUGUCUAUGGAGCCAGGCUGGUUCAACAGCUAUAAUAGUAUGUUGUAGCAACGUGACUGAAUGUCGUUGUUUACACAUUUCCGAACACGCAUUGUAAGAUGCAAUUUUGUCCACUGUGUAUGCAAAAUGGUAUUAGAAAUAAAAUGAAAGCCUUUCAAAUAAAUUUGGAAGAAACAAUAUGGAGCUGUGAGAAUAUCAAGUGUAUUUGGCCCUUUGGCUACCAAGAUUUGAUGUUCUUUCAAAGAUCAGCUAUCUCACAUAAUUGGAAUGAACCUGAUAUUACUAAAGAAUAUACACCCACAUUGACAGAACUUUCACUUUAUACACCACCUAUGACCCCUAGAGGAGAAGCUCUUGAAUGUGUAACGAGUUCUACAAUGGAAAAUCAACUUGAUGAAUUAUUUUCCAAAAAUGAAACUGUUGGUUUAAGAAACAAAAUUGCAGAUUGUAAUAAGCCACAUGUUAUAUCUGAGCUAGCAAAUAAUAAUUUUGCAAAAGAAAAGGAUAUAAACAUAAAUACUGAUAAACUGAUGCCUAAAAUAAUUAAUAUUGAAAAAGUUAACAUUGAUAUUACUAAGAUUUUUGAAGACAACAAUGUUUCUAAUAAGAGAACACAAGAACAUCCAAUAUCUGCAAUGGGUCCUGUAAAAAAUUAUGGUACUUCAUUGCAUGAUGCCAAUAGCGCCAUGGCAUGGUGCAAUGCAUCUAAUUCGCAUACACCAGACAAAACUGAAAAAGAACAAAAUGAAAGGAACAAUGUACAAACAGAUGAAGUAACAAAUUACUUUGGUACAAGUGCAAACAUAAAUGUAUCAUCAGCUACAAAUGAGAAAGUCAAUAUUGGUAUUAUGAAUAACUCAAAUACAACAAUUCUAUACAAUUCUAUACUGGAUAAUACAAAUGCUAAUGACUCAAAUAUAGAUGAAUUAUUGGAUGAUGUCUUGAAUGAUACAAGUGAUUAUAAAAAUAUUUAUGAAGAUUGGAUAGAUUUGAUAGACAUUUAAUUCAAUGAUUUGUAAAUUUUGU